AACCCGUAUAAGGAAGUGACGUGAUUCGAGGCGACUGAUGAAGUCUGCCGAUUAUUGAUCUGAUAUAAUAUCCAGAAAUAGAAAUUAGAUUGUCAAUUUAUCCAAGAUUGACACAGGAAAUGACAGAGAUUCGAGGACUGUCGAAGUUAAAGUAGAGGAGGUUCAAAGGAAAGAGUAAUCUUCUUGCUCUUAACUUAAUCGGACUCCGCCAUUUUGUGUUAUUUGAAAAGUCUGAGAUGGCCAAAAAGACAUAUGAUCUGUUGUUCAAAUUGCUUCUGAUCGGAGAUUCAGGCGUAGGCAAAACUUGUCUUCUUUUUCGUUUUUCUGAUGAUGCUUUUAAUACAACAUUUAUCUCCACAAUAGGUAUCGACUUUAAGAUAAAGACGGUAGAAUUAGGAGGCAAGAAGAUAAAACUGCAAAUAUGGGACACGGCUGGACAGGAGCGUUUCCACACCAUCACCACUUCUUACUACCGUGGAGCUAUGGGCAUCAUGCUAGUCUAUGACAUCACUAAUACAAAGUCUUUCGAAAAUAUAUCCAAGUGGUUAAGGAACAUUGAUGAGCAUGCCAAUGAAGAUGUAGAAAAAAUGAUCUUAGGUAAUAAAUGUGACAUGGAGAACAAACGUCAAGUGUCAAAGGACCGUGGAGAGUCGAUUGCAAAGGAACACUCAAUACCCUUCUUAGAAACGAGUGCAAAAGCUAAUAUAAAUGUGGAAAAAGCAUUUAUGGAUUUAGCCAAUGCAAUAUUACUGAAGACACCAGGUAGAGAUUCGGAACCCAAGGGAGAGACCCUCACAGGUGGUUCAAAACAAGAAAAGAAAAAUUGCUGUUCAACAUAGUGAUAUGUUGGGUAACUUUCAAAGACAAUUUUCUUUGCUGACUGUUUGUCCCUUCUCCUCUCCCUCCCUUGUAGAAGGGAGCAACAAAUGGAUCCGACCAUUGGUUCUCCCCGUUCUUCCUCCUCGUAGAUGGGAUUGACAGAUGGACCUGGACUUUUCCACAGAAACACAGAUUCAUAUGCUGCUUCCUUACAUUGAAGCAGAUCUAGUCGUGCGGUUUCUUGGAGUUUUCUGCACCAGACCUUUAUCCCAUCGUUUCCUUAGUACAGAAAAGGUUCUUUUUAAAAAACCUUGAAAUAAAAAAUGCUUUCAUUAAUUAAUUGCUAUUCAAGAUUACCAUAAGAUAUGUUGAUUUUUAAAAAAUUACGUUGAGUAAACAUUUCUGUUUUCUGCGGGAAAAUUAUCUACUCAAUUAUUUGGAUAAUUUCUCUCCUACUCGGAUUCAUGGAAUGAUACAAGUAAUUUAAUGCACUGGCAUAAAUGUGCUUUUUCAUCACAUCAGGCUGGUAUGAAAUGAAAGCUUUAUCAUCAAAUUUACCCCUCUGUAUACGUAUACCACUGAUUGUUCAGAAUGAACUUUGGCACCUAAUUCAUAAUGAUGUAAUAUAGUCUUUCGUUGAAAUUUAAGGUAUGAAGAACUGAUUUUAUGAAUUAUUCAGAUUGCCAAAAUGAGAUGUAUAAUAAUUCAAGCUUGUUAUAAGCUGUGAUCAGGUGUGUAUCCUUCCCAUCCUAUGUACUUCCUAACAGAAUCAACCUAUCAGCCCAGUGACAUUCUCAGAACAGUUUGCUGCCAGUAUGUUUUUACUGAUGUAACAAUGGAGUUAAAAGACACUAAUAGUGUUUGGUCAGUAUUGAUUAGUGGAAAGACAAAAUAUUCCUCAAAGAUUUCAUUUACAGUUCAAGUUUAAGGAAGAGUUCAAUUUGACAUAGUAAAACCUUUGCUCUGCAUAUUUUCUGUACACAUUUAUUGCAUUUUCACUGAAUAUUCUCACAUUGUAACCAAUGGUGUAAAGCUAAAUGCACCUGUGGAAUUGUGUGGAGUUGUUUACUAGAAAAUUGUAAACUUAAUUAACUCAAACAAUAUUUUAACUUAAAUUAUCUUGACCUGUACAUUUUGAAAAUGUCACUAUUACCCUUCAAUUUCAAUCGACAUUUAAGGUAACAACAGCUCAUAAAGAAAAAUCUGAUUUUAAAAAUUUAAUCUUAAAAUGGAAAGAGAUUGUAUGAUUUUGGGGGUAAGCACCUCAAUUAACUGUCUGUAACAGGUAGUAACCAUUGGCCAUGUGAACUCUAAUGCUGUGUUACCAGGAUGUUUUAAUACGGCUUGCUGUCUAUAUUGUUGUACAAACACUUGAGAGAAAGUGAUUGUGAUUGCAAGGACAUAACACAAAAGCUAGCAGCCAUGAAAUGAUAUGCUUGUCAAUGUUUUUGCCGCUUAAAAACAGUUUUUUAAUGUGAGUUCUGCACUCGAUAACACAAAGAUAAAAAUUUCAGCAAUUGAAAUGAUCAUUAUCUAUUAGUUUUAACAUUCCUUUUAAGUUGAAGAAAUUUAACAGGUCAGUGGUAAAAUCUUUUCAGUAGAUUGUAUAACUUCACCUGCAUCUAAGAAUAAUUGUUGAAAAUUAUACAUAUUCACAGUCCCAAUUGAAAGUGUUGUAUUUCUUUUGUUUUCACACUUUAUUGUCUGAUCAUAGAUGGUGUCAAACCAUGUUCAUUUCAGGCUGUGCUCCAAAGUCACACAUCAAGGUCAAUUAUACUAAUGUGUACCCUUCUAAUGCACUGUUCUGAGGUCAGAAGUCAUGGUCAAAGAUCUGUCAUAUAUAUAGACUCCACUCCUGGGACUUAAUUAGUGUUCAAAUCUCUGGUCCUGCUUCAAGGUCACACAAGCUGAGACAUUUCAAAGAUGAAGGCAAUGUUUAUGAUUUUUAUUGUGAGAAAUAAUGUUUGUGGUAAUUUGUUAAUAACAUGAUCAGAUUGGUUCUUCAUCAGUCCUUCACUUUAGAACUUUUGAAAAUUAUUUAAUAUUUAUGGCAUAGAACUUCCAUUGCAAGGAUUGAUUUAAAAAAAAUAAUAGAUCAUUCCAUAUCCUAGUAGACUAUUCAUCAAUAAUGCAUGUUGACCUCCUUUAAAUGAGGAAGCCAGAAGCAUUACUUACAAUAAUAAGGUUGGAAAUCCUUAUCCAGUGAUCCUGCCUGGAAACUUCAAAGUUCCCGAAUAGAGAGUUAUUUCCCUUUAGCUCAGAGUGAUAGGUCGUGUCCAAUUUGAAUGAGGAAGCUGCUUUCCUUGUGAAACACAUUUAUGUGCAAGAGAUAGAGAGUUGUCUCCCAUGUGUAACAGAUGUUAAUAUUGUCCCAUGUGUAACUGAGAGUUACGUUGAGAGUUGGCUCCCAUAUCCCCUUCGAAGGAGAUUAGAGAGAUACAGUUGCCUCCCUCUUGUAUCCUUGUGUAGUGCUAAUUCAGUAGUGCAAUCACGCGGCACUUAAUCUGCAACAGUAUUGAUAUACAUUGCUGUUAAUGGUGAAGUUUCUGUCCAAUGUAUCUGUACAUUUAUUCAAGUCCUGAGUUUACAUGUGUUUUGUUAAACCUGUAAAACUGUACAUGGUAUUACAUUUGAAUUAGAAGAGUGCCAAUGUUGGUCACAUUCAUAAUAAGACAGAGAAAAGAAGUCUUUUUGUUAUUAUUGUUUGUUUUUAAGCUGUAUUGUAUAACAGACUUUUAAUUGUACACAAUAUUAAUUUAUAUGAAAGUAGAACUAAUCGCAUGCAGUAGUAUGUAAGCUAUGACACUGUAAGUAAGCUAUGACACUGUAAGUAAGCCUUGACAGUAAGUAGGAUGAUGUACCUUUACAGUGAUGUUAUGUUCCUUAUACCUGCUGCUGUAUAUUCAUGAUAGUAAUUUACUUUGUACAAUGUACAUGUGUCAGAGUGCAAUUUCUUUGUGUUGAAUGACAAAAUGAAUUAACAUUUCAGUAACAUGCCCCAAUUUCUCAAAUAUUGUGUUAUAUUCAGACUUAACUUAUUCAAACAUUAUUCUUUCGAAUCAGAAUUUUCUUGUUGAUUUCUUCAAUUGGCAAUCUUUCGAGCUAUGCUUGCCAGUCUAUUGUUGAUGGUGGCAUCUUCAGACACUACCUGGCCUCUUUUAACGUGUGCUUAAUUUGUACAUGAAUUUGGACUUUAUUCCGUAUGAAGUUAUUGAUUCAAAUAUCAUCAGAAUUGUCUUUAUGUGUGGAGUAGCAUUAUCACAUUUGAAGUGAUUUCAGUUGGCUCUCAUAGUCAUUAUUAAUGCCAGCUGAAUUCACAUAUUCAACAUGAAACGAAAGGAACUUUCAUGAAAUUUGUCAUUUCAAGAUUGCAUUUAUAUUGAUGAAUGCUACAUGAAAACAUGUCUGUCUUUAAAUUGGUCAAUGUGCAACAAGAAAUAAAUCAUUUGGGGAAAAUUUGAGGAUGAUAACAACUUUUGAUAAAUCAGGGUUUUAGUUUUCAUACUUUAGUACUACUGGGUCCUCCUAUAUAACAUUCUUAACUUUUGAAUUAUUGGAUCUGUCAUUUUUUAUACCAUCUAGCCCAAACAGUUUUGAUUUUAUUGCAGACCAUAUUGACUAGAAUAACAAAUGGUACUAAAGGUUCACUUUCAUCAAUAAUUUCACUAGUAGGAUAUCAUUUACUUGUUUGACAACAAUUGCAAGAGAAACCCUCUUCACAUGUUAAUGAACCAAAAGUUUAAAAAAAAGCUUGCUGCUUUAAAAAUAAAAUAUUCUUAAAUAGAAGAUUGUGGUUAUUAUCUGGCAAACCCAGCUUUGUAUCUAAUUCCAAGAAACCAUUUCUGUCUGAUUGAACCAGUAUUUCUAGAUAUAUGUAGCACAACUAGACUGUACAUACCGUGCCUAUAUUAAGAUUGUUGUCUGCCAUUUCACAAUUUGGACCAGUUCAGUUUUAUAAGGAGAAUUGUAGGGUCGCUUCUUUAUGAUUGACACUACCGUAAAUGAAUCCUGUUUUAAAUAAUACAGUAUUUCAAAUUAUGUUUGCAAUCUUUCUUUUAAUAACAUACACAAAUUUCAGUGGCUGAUUGCUACCAAUUAGGCUGUCAAAAUAUAUAAUUUUAGAAUGUGUUGUUAUUCUGUAUUGAUUUAAGUCAGUCUUCUGUCAAAAAUCAGAUAGGUAAACGAUAAAGUUAUUACAAUGUAAAUAUCCAGCUGUGAAAUGUUUCAAUCAUGUAUGAAAACAUUAUGAACUACUGAUUUACUCCUGUUUAUAUUUUCUUUGUGGUACAUGUUUUCCAUGUACGGGUACACAGGUGACUGAAUGUAUGCUUGUUGUGUAUUGUCACUCCCAUUUACGACAUGAAAUGAUAUAACUGUAUUUCUCAUAUAUUGAUACAUAAAGUUUACAAGUGUUAGUAUGAAUGCAUGAGUGAUGCUUUUAAAAACCUCACCUCUUUCCCCCGAUAUCUGGUAAUGUCCCAUUUUUUUUCAACAGCAAUGCUGGUUUGUCUGACGCUGUCUGGGGAUAUGGUGUUUUGUUUGUGCUUAAAUUUGUGAACGGCUUGGUAAAAUUCCUCUUAUAGAAUUUAGAAUGUAACAGGAACAUGAACGUAUGUAUCGAGAACUAGAACCAUUUCUUUUUGUUUUCAUUUUUUGUUUAUGAUAGUUAUAAUUCAAUAUUUUGUUGACAUAAGUUAUCCACCACUUGAAGGUUUAUGAAACAAUGUAAUUACAGUAAUUCAUAAAAAUAACCUGAUGGAGGUAGGAAGUUAAUAGCCCCAAUAUUCGUAACUUGAGAGAAAUUAAAACAAACAUAUAACAAAGACAUACAAUUUAUUUAUAGCCAAACCUGGCUAUCUCAAAAUCAGUGGGGUCAUGAAAAAUUUAGAUAACCCGAGUAUUUGAAAAAAAAACCGGUAUGUUUUAUAUGAAUUUGUGUUGUCAGAACUGAGUUUUUACUUCCAAGUUCAGCAGAUUCUUCGCAUUAUCAGAAUUCUACAUAACAAAGUUUGAGUUUACUUUACAUCAGAAGAAGAUGCCAAGUAUUUUGUAUGUUGGUAUCGAUAAAACAGAGGCUUAAGUGUCAUCAAAUGUAAACUGUCCGCUGAAUUGUGAGCAUUACAAGAUUGGAAAAAAUUUGCUUAUAUUUCGUUCAUUAUGUAAGAUAAUUAAUCAAUUUCCUUUGGUUUGUUGUGGAUAAUUAAUCCUUUUCACAGGUAACUUGAUUAUUUAUAGAAUAGUCAAUACAGUUCUAUUUUGUCUAAAUUUCCCACUUGUCAUGCUACAUUUAUAGACAAAUAGACCCAUCACCCACACCCCGAGAUUUUCAUAUAGUCUGUCUGUAAUUUGAAAUAUCCCUAUAUUCAAAUUCAGUAAUUAAAAGGUGUAAUUUAAACACGAUACAUGUUAAAGUCUUACAGAUGUUUUAAAAAAUUAAUUUAUGUCCAAAAUCUAACAUUGUUUUGUAACGUUUACCAGGGUUCUCGUUAUAAGUGCCAUACCUGAUGCAAUAUUGGCAUCCGGGAUGGCACUUAUAACGAGAUCAGGUUAUGAUGUGAUUUCCUGCAUUUUUCACUUAUUCCAUACAAAAAAAUUGACUUAUGAUAUUCCCUACAAAAAUUCUCGAGUUACAUUAAUAUUUUCAUGAGAGCUACAAAAAAGAUAGUAUGGUGAAUAAUCAUUGUUUGUGAUGAGAAAAUUUCUGGAUGAUGAAAAUGCACCAAAGUUACGUAUAUUGGGACUCCCAACAACAUAUAUAUAUAUAUAUAUAUUGAUACUUUUCAUCUGGUCUGUUAUAAACUACAUCUUUAGUUUAUUAAGUACUUGUUACAUUGGUUCAUUACAGAGAAAGUUUGUUCUGGGAUCAUUGAACUGUUUUUUCCCGAAGUGAAUAGACCAAUAUUAUUUUAUAUAACCAUAUAUAUAUCUAUAUCCAGUGUGUAUUAAUAUGGCUAUGUGGAGCCUUUUAAGGGCGCUACAUCGUCUUAUAUUGUGUUGCUCAUUGGAUGUGUGUAAAAGGUGUCUAGAAUUUCUGGACUUGUCCAAGCUAAAAUAAUAUUUUACAUGAUGUAGCUUCUAAUCAGAUAAUGUAGAUUACAAAUUAUUAUUUAAGUGUACAACAUGUAUCAGCCUAAAUAUCAUGCAUUCACGCAUCAAAUCAGUAUGUAUACACUGAGUCAUAAGAGGAAUAAAGGAAUUCUAAUUCUUA